AUGGCUUUUGAACGCGGCGGAAGAAACAGUCGUGGAAUAAGACCAGAGCAGGAAAUGUGGACUCAAAAUUUUGUUGUUAUUCAGCCAGAAAAUUUUCUUCCGCCAGUACGAGGAAGAGAAUGUGGGUUUUGGUCACAAAAUGUUGGACUGCACUGUGAACCGGCUAAUCAGAAUAGUUUUCUACCUUGUGUACCAGGCAUCAAUAAUGUCAGCUACGGGAAACCUAGGCCAGAAUUUGGGCCACAAAUGUAUGAUUCUAAGAACAACGGGAAUAAAAAUCUCUCAUCGCUAAGAACACCGGCAGUAAGAUCAUUGAAUGGUGAUAUUUAUGUAUACCAUGCAACUGGAAGUGAACCAGCAAUCUUGUCUGGAGUAGGCGAAUUGACUUGGCUGUCGUCAAAGGCUGGACUUAUUACUUGCAAGCGAACGAAUAAAACUGUUUCCUUCCAGACAAAAGAUUUUUGCGAUCUGCAAGUCACUGACUUGACAGAUGUCCUUUGUGUUGGUUUUACUUUAUGCUAUCAAGCAACAGCCAGUGAAACGAGUGACGAUUUAAUCGCAAUAAAUGUUACUCCAUUACAAGGCGUAGAGUCGGAAAAAGAGUUUUUUUGUUCUGAGGAGGUGGAUCUUGAAGCUGCACAGGCACGUGCAACCAGUGGACCUCCAAGGUCUCCGAAAGAUAUGUAUUCCGUAGCCUUGGAAUCGAAAGCUAUUCCAGUAAUUCUCUCAGUGUUUAAAAACCAAGGAGGACUUUUUUGUCAACUUUCAAGUCUGCACAGUCACAUCUGCAGCGCUGAAGAUCGUGAGCUUACUCGUUACAUAGGUACAAGUAGCUUGAAAAGACGUCAAUUUAUCGAAAAGCGGACUCAUAUUUUUGACGAGAUUCAGGGAGAUCAAGUACGUCUGCAGCCGCCUGUAGUUUAUCAGACUGUGAAGUUACUGGCUCGCUUCUUGUUGUGUCGAGGUGGUGUCACUUCUACAAAUUCGUUGUACGAUUUUUACAUGUCUUGUCCAGAACUGGCAGAGGGAAGGCAGUAUUUCGGAGAGAGCGAUGGUCGUUCGGCAUUUAUUAGCUUGAUUAAAACGCAUAAUUGGGUUUUUUCGUUGUUUCCAUCUCAAGUAUACGUUUCUGUACGCCGCAAUUUGCCUCAGUUCGACUAUGCAGAAUUUGUGAAAACGCAGCUCCCCAAAUUUGUUCCAAACCGAAGAGGUGUUGCAUCGUCGCCGAUGUUGAACCCCAUCAAACCGACGCCACUCAUUAACCCCCUGACUACAGCCCCCACUGUUCCUCCAUUGACUCGUCCUGGAAGUACCAUGAACAAUGACCCUGCGUCACGGGCAUUUUCAGUGCCGCAGACACCAAUGAACAAUUUGCCAUCGUUAUCCAUGGCCUACAAUCAGCAAUUUCCACCAAAGCGUGCCACCUCUGUUUCAAACCCACCUAAUAAUCCUGCUUGGAAUGAAUUUAUAUCUGCUGUUCCUGCUGUUAAUAGUUUAACAGACGUUUCAACAGCGAAUGGGUUUACAAGUAAUCAGUAUAAUAACGAGUUUGUGGGUGAUGCUUACCCUCUGUGGAAUCAGGCGAGAUCGUAUAGCACCGGUAGCAGUCCUGCUUUAUCUGCUGCAUCAAAUCAGAUUGAAACUGGGCGAAAAAUUCAUAAGGAUUCUUCAACCCAAACUGUUGCUGCUCUCAGAGAUACAAAACUUGACGAAGAGAUCUUACGAGAACUUUGCCCUGGCUGUGCGAAACGAAUUGCUGCCAUUUGGGCACCAACCGGCGACUUGGCAGGUCUUUUUAAUGGAUUAAGCCUUAGUCAUUCUUUGAAUGAUUAUCGCCCUGUUUCACCGCAGUUCACCGUGUCAAGUAAUUCACCGUCGACGACGGCUAGUAAUCAGACUGCUUCAACUUUAUCUCACCAGGCAAUUAAUGGAGCUUCCUCACACAAGUCCUCAUCGUCUUCCUCAACGAGUGUCGUUUCGCCCACUGAAGACAUAUGCAGCUUGAGUAGUGGGACUCCUACUACUGUUGAAGGUUCACCAGAACAGGAGAGGCGUGAUUAUGAUCCGUUCAACACACUGGUUUUUUUGGAAUCUGGUCGUGGUCUUUCAAACGGAAUAUUUUGA